AUGUCCAGACAGCCACUCUAUGAAGUGUUCGUGAGUUUCAGAGGGGCGGACAUGCGUAGGGGCAUCACUGAUUUCUUGUACACCAUGUUGAUUGAUGUUGGGAUUAGCAUCUUUGGGGACGAGGAAGAACUGGAGAUUGGCGAAGAAAUCCAUCCCCAGCUGAUCCGGAAAAUAGAGCAGUGCAAGAUAUCACUACCCAUCAUCUCCGAGAAGUACGCAUCCAGCAAGAGCUGCCUAAUGGUAUUGAAGCAAGUGUUGCAGUGCAUGGACAAGAAGAAUCACAUCAUCAUCCCCAUAUUCUACUAUGUCCACCCGACGGAUGUCCGCCACUGCAGGGGCCCUUUGGCGUGGGCCUUGCCCGAGCACCAGAAGCGCAACGGGGACGGCAGUUUCCUUUAUCACUGGGUGUCUGCUUUCCAUCGGAUCAGAAAGUUAGACGGACACCAUCUCCACGAAAAGAUUGUAGUGUAA